GCUUUGUACGAGAUGAGCAAACGUUUGAUUCAAGCAAUUUCCUCCUGGGAAGCCUAUCAGGACAGUUUACCCAGUCGAGGCACAACGGAUGCGGUGCUUUUGGACUUACUUAAUGUGAACGAUGAAAUUCACACAGUGCUCAUGCGUUACGGACGUGUCAUGCGACCGGCUCCAGAACCGACCGCAGUCGAUGUGAGUGAUUACCAGUGUUUUUCCUUCUCUGUUUCUUAUUCCUUCUAUUGUGGUUUUGUUAUUAAGUUUCCACCCUUUAAUUUUAGCGAGCUCCACACCGGAUGUAGGGUAAUCCUCUCGGUGCUGUCCGCAGUUCGUGUUGCACAAGCUACAAGAGCUAGACUUUGUGAUUCGCUGAUGCGUGGUAAGGGAACAGUCGAGGUAGAACUAGUGUAUAUUGAUUCCCGGGUUCAAAGUCCUAUUGUCUUUGGACGAGAUGCUGUUCGGAUACUCUGA